AUGGCAGAGGAAACCCAAAUGAAAGCAGAGGAAGUCGUUGUGGUUGAGACAAAGAAAACUGCGAUUGAGAAAGAUGCACCACCAUCGGUGCCGGAGGAAGCACUUAACAAACACGAGUUCACUGCUCCUCCACCGGCGGCAAAGGAGGAAGAGAAGAAGGCUGAGAUUCAAGAAGCCUUUGCCCUUGCAGAGGAAAAGCCAAUUGUUGUUGAAGAAACGCCGAUAUUGACGAUCACGGAAGAGCCCCCGAAGACGGAGGCUAGUAAAGUUGCAGAGCCGGUACUGGUCUCGGACAUGGUGGAGGAGAAGAAAGAAGCACCAUCGAAGAAGCCAGGUGAAGUGACACCACUGGCAUCGGCACCCGAAGUUGAGGAACUAGCAGAUGUGGUGGUUACAGAGGUGGUUGAGAAGAUAACCUACGUUGAUGACGAUGGCACUAAGACUGUUGAAGCCAUUGAAGAGACCAUCAUAGCCGUCUCUGCUCCUGCAGCACCAGCUGAGGAAACUGCAGCGGCGUCUCCGAAAAAGGAAGGGGAGGUAGAGGCCGCCGCCGCCGCCACCGCACCACCUGUUGAAACAAAACAAGAAGAGAUAACCAACGUUGCUGCGCUGCCACCACCACUAGAGGAGGUGUCAAUAUGGGGAAUCCCUUUGCUUGCCGACGAGCGGAGCGAUGUGGUCCUUCUGAAAUUCCUUCAUGCCAGGGAUUUCAAGGUGAAGGACGCAUUCACCAUGAUCAAGAAUACGGUGGCAUGGAGGAAAGAGUUUGGAAUUGAGACCCUUCUUGAGGAAGACCUAGGUUUAGCUGCUCAGAUUGAUAAGCAAGCAUUGGAGAUUGAUCGUUUUAUUCUAUUACAGAAUGAGAUACUCAGAUCAGCUUUACAUGAACAAAGGAAUCAACAAAUGGCUACCCUUCUAAAAAAGAUGGAAUCAAAGGCGUUGAGCUUACUGAAACGGAAGGAUGAAGACAUUGUAAGAGCGGCCAAAAGAACAAUAGAGCUAAUGCUUGAGAAGGGUAGAAAUGGAGAACCAAACUUGGCAAAAAGUCGCUAA